GUUUGAUCACUUCGUAAGAAGCAGCUGGUUGCUUUUACAACUUUCUCGGGUAAUAUAGACAGACUUACUUGUUGAGAUAUAGCCUUCCUUAAAUAGCAAGUGGAAGAAAGAUACAUAAUCUUUGUAAUUUUAAGUUCGAGAAUGUUUGGCCAACCUGCCCCCCAUCUUCACGAUGGACAUGAACAACGUGGUCAUUCCUGAAUCGACGCCGGUUGGUACAGUGAUCUACCGUCUGGAAGGUAACGACCCAGAAGAUAGCUCUGUCAAAUACAAUAUCCACGGGACCGACGUACUCCAAGUAAAUCAUACUUCGGGGGAGGUCACCGUCGUUAAAUCACUGGAUUAUGAGAAAAACCAAACGUUAAAUGUGGUGAUCAGCAUUGAAGACGAGGUUGAAAACGGAAAGAACAACAUCGUUGAAGUACCCAUUACUGUGAUCAUUUCAGACGAAAAUGAUAAUGAACCACAGUUUCAAAAUACACCGUACGACUUCACAAUCCCAGAAGACACAGAACCAGGUUUAACCGUUUUCACAGGCAUCUCCGUAACAGACAUAGACACAGCUGGUAGCAACAUAGAAGUGGAGUGCUUCGUAUAUCCAGAGGAUCCUUUCGCCUGUGACAACUUCAAAAUAGAACCUCUGUUGUCUGAGCUGAACACUUACAAUGGCGUGAUUAAGCUCAAGCGGAAGCUCAGUUAUGCAGAAAAGAAGAAGUAUAGAUUUGGACUCAGAGCUACGGAUGGACAAUUAACAUCAAUGACGGAUGCUACAGUGAAAGUCGGAGAUGUGCAGGAUACCCCACCUUACUUCGUAGGAGGACUUGAGGCAGAAGUUAGUGAAGACGCUCCAAUUGGCACCUUAGUCAUGACAGUGCAUGCAGAAGAUGGAGAUAGGGGAGUGCCCAGGAAGAUACAGUACGAGAUAGUGAACGAUCCAAAAGAUUGUUUCCUGCUUGACGCUAUGACAGGUGAAUUAAGAACAGCAAAACCGUUAGACAAAGAAGCUGUAGAGGAUCCUAAUGGAAUCAUCAAAAUCAAAAUAAAGGCUAACGAGCUAGUGGGCGGUAUGAGAAGCAUCGAUCCUCUAACGAUGACAACGGCCGAAGCAAUUGUGAGAAUCAAAGACGUGAACGACGAAAAGCCGGAAUUCGAUAAACGAGAAUACUUCGUCGAGGUACCUGAGAACAUCCAACAAGGAGCUGCAUUGCCGGGACUCGAGAUGUAUGUCACCGAUACAGAUGAGGGUGACAAUUCAGCUUUUUCCUUAGACCUCAUUGACAUCUCAGAAGUUUUCUCGAUAGAACCUAAGACGGCUGUAGGUAACGCUCGGGUGACAAUUCGAUUGGCCAACGGUUCCUUGGACUACGAAGACCCCAAUCAACGAAAGUUCAUUAUUCUGGCAGUGGCCAAGGAACUCUACACUGCGGAGGAGCUGUCAUCAACAGCCACUGUUACAAUUUCUGUGCAGGAUGUCAACGAUAAUGCUCCAACUUUCGAUCAAGAAAGGUACUCGGUAACUAUCUCUGAAAUGGCCAGUCCUGGAGCACUGGUUACGACAAUUGUGGCAAAAGACAGGGAUAGUGGCAAUUUUGGGGAAAACGGAAUAAUAUACAGACUUGGUGGAAACGGAGCAGAAAAAUUUACCGUGAAUAAUAGAACUGGGACAGUCACUGUAGCAUUUUGCGAAGAUCUAGGGAAAGCGAAUUGUCUCGAUUACGAAACGAAAGCUGAAUAUCAACUACAAUUCAUGGCAACUGAUGAUGAUGGCACUGGCCGCACCUCAACAGUACCUCUACGGGUGAUUCUCACAGACAGCAACGACAACCCACCUGUAUUCAGUCAAUCGGUGUACAGGGUUUUCGUUGACGAAGGUACCGUUAGGUUUAGGAAGGACCUUUACGUUGAGGCUACUGACGCCGACAAAACCUCCCACGUCACUUACUCCAUCAUAGCUGGAAACGAUCAAGGACUGUUCGCUAUCGAUUCUAAUACUGGGAAAAUAAGGAUUACCAAUAAUAGAGGACUGGAUGUCAGCAAUGAGACGGAUAGUGUUGUCUCACUCACUGUUUUGGCAAAUGAUGGCAAAUUCACAGCAACUACCCUAGUAAAUAUAACAGUUGUUGACGUAAAUAACAACCAACCAGUUUUUGUUAAGGAGAGCUACGUCACAUCUAUACCAGAAGAUAUUCCAAUAGGCUCUUCUGUAAGCCGGGUGGAAGCUACAGACGCGGACAGUGGCGUCAACGCGUUGAUCGAGUACCACCUACAAAAAGGAGCUUACGAAGAUUUCGUCAUCGACAACACCACAGGGAUGGUCAGCGUGGCGUCGAAGCUAGACUUUGAUCGUAAAAACACUUACAACGUGGAAGUGCUCGCUGUGGACCAUGGUACACCCAGGCUUACUGGAACUACCACGGUUACCAUCAACAUUAUCAAUGCCAACGAUAAGCUGCCAUUUUUCGUUCCCACGACCCAGACUGCCGAGGUAAUGGAAGAUGCCCCACCGGGUACUGUAUUCUACACUCUAACAGCCUUGGAUCCGGAUAUCACCUCAGCAGAUGCCCUGAACUUCGCGGCCACCGAACCAAUCACAGCAUUGGACAAGCAUGGGAAUGAAGUGGCCGGCAGCGAGGAAUUUAAGGAAUUCUUUUCAGUCGACAAAAACUCCGGGAAGGUAUCUGUAUUAAACAGGCUUAAUAGAGACUUGGCUGCUACAGUUAGGAUCAAGGUACUUGUUACGGACAUAACAGCUCCAACAGUUCAACAAGGCGAAGGGCUAUUAGUCAUAACAAUAGGAGACGUCAACGAUUCACCACCUAUCUUUUUGCCACCAUGGACAUUUGAGAACCCUGUAUACUACUUAGAACUCAAAGAAGAACUACCUGUUGGAACUAUUGUCGCUACUUACAAGGCAAUAGAUGAAGAUGGCGAUAUAGCAGGUUACGAAAUCCUAUCAGAAAGUGGAUAUUUCCAAAUCAACAAUGGCACAGGGAUUGUGCAAAUCAAGAAACAAAUCGAUUACGAAGAGACGAAAGAAACAAAUUUUACGGUGCUAGCUUUUGACACCGGUGUGCCUCAACUGAACGUCUCAGCAACGGUGCUUGUGAAGAUUAUUAAUCUGAACGACAACGAUCCGGUAUUCUCCGAAAGUCAAUACAAUAUAUCCAUCGAUGAAAAUUCGCGUAACGGUACUUUCGUUGUUGCUGUAAAAGCUACUGAUAAGGAUGCAGACGAAUACGGACAGAUAAGUUACGUGCUGACAGGAGAACACAGCGAAUGUUUCGCUAUUGAUAAUGCUACAGGUUACGUUACGGUGGCUGACUCCAACUUCCUUGAUCACGAGACAGUGAACCAGGCAGUGAUCCAAGUGGUAGCCUUCGACGGGGCCCCGGGCAACAUUCGACGAUCAACCUCGGUUCCCAUCUACAUCACCAUCAACGAUUUGAACGACAACGCGCCCGUUUUUACAGAAAAAGUGUACAACGCAACCGUCAUGGAAAACGUUAGGAUGAAUCCUCCCAUGCCUAUCCUCACUGUGAAUGCCACCGACAAGGACUCGGGAGUACAUGGGAAUAUACAUUAUAGUAUCGUAUCGGGAAAUGAUAAUGAUGUUUUUCUUCUGGGUAUGGAGACGGGCAUCUUAUACCCACACAAAUCCCUACUGGGACAAACGAGAGAGUUUCAUUUAAUAGUCGAAGCAAGAGAUGACGAUGGCAAUGGAAAAAUGUUCGACAGGGCGACCAUCAACGUCCAUGUUCUCAAUGUUAACGAACACAAACCAGAAUUCAUCAUGCCUUCAACUGCAAAUGUAACCGUGGAAGUCUUGGAGACUGAAGCGAAAGAAAAUUACCUAGUGAUGACCGUGAAGGCAUUGGAUCGAGACCAAAAUGAAAACGGGAGAGUUACAUACCAUUUUAAAGUCGAUGGAGAGAAUCAACAAGAAACCAAAGAAUUUAAGAUAGAUCCUGUAACUGGUGAACUGAGGACCAAGCAAAUGCUGGACAGAGAAGCUAGAGCCAAAUAUAAUUUAAUACUCACGGCUAGAGACCACGGAAGCCCAAGAUGGUAUGAAUCAGUGAGAAGACUCACUGUUUUACUUGUUGAUGAAAAUGACAAUCGUCCAGAGUUUCCUGGAUCGUUGUCUACCAAUCCAUACCGAUUCUACGUUGUGGAGAAUAAUGAGAAAAAUACGCUGAUAGGCAAAGUUAAGGCUUUGGAUCGCGACGAAGGUAACCACGCCAAAGUGUACUACUACAUCCUAUCUGGCAACGAAGAUGGGUCCUUCUUCCUUGAUCGCACCGAUGGAGGUCUAUACGCCAACAAAUCUUUCGAUAGGGAGAAAAGAGAAGAAUAUGAUCUGCUGCUUAUCGCGAACAAUGAUCCUAACUUUCAUCCUGCGCCUGAACAUUUUCCUGCUGACGAAGAUGAUAGAAGCAUCGCCAGGAUCAAGGUAACUAUUCAGGAUCUUAACGAUAACGAGCCAAAAUUCGUGAAGCCUGUUUACUACGCCGCAGUCACAGCGAUGGCCAACAUCAAUGAUAUCGUCACAAAUGUGACAGCAACGGAUCCUGAUAAAGGACAGAAUGGAUCAUUGACUUACUAUAUUAAGGCUUCGAACCUAUAUAAAUUUGGGAGUGACCGUAGCGCAGGUUAUAUAAUCCCUUCACCAUUCAACAUUAGUGACAAAGGGGAAAUAUGCACAGCUACGUAUUUGACUGAAAAUAAUCAGCAUCGAUUCGUCGUCGACAUCAUAGCUAGAGAAAAUGCCUUUCCUGAACGAGAGGCGUACGCCCAAGUUCACGUGUGGGUGUUUGAACCUGAACAACUAAUCCGAGUGAUUUUAUCGCGGCCGAAGGAAGAAGUCGCAAAAGAACGAGAUGAAAUCAUUUCAGAAUUGAGCAACGCGACUAACAGUUUGGUCAUCAUUGACAAAAUCCGAUUCCAUAUAGAUGAUAAUGGAGUGAAAAAGGAAGACUGGUCUGACCUGUACAUCUUGGUCGUGAACCCCAAAACCCAAAUCAUCCUGCCAGUGCCGAAAGUCCUGAAAACCAUUGACUCCAAGUAUGACUUUCUGAAGGACUAUUACGCCGGCUUCGCAAUCGAGAACGUUCUGCCUGCCUUUGUUACUGAAAGGGCUGAAAGCUUCGAUGCGGCCCUUGUUGUCCUCAUUGCACUGCUCAUUGUGCUGUUUGUGGGUGUGGUGACGUUCAUAGUCAUCUGUUGCUGUCUUAGGCACUGGGUCAUCUCACCGACUGAUCUCAAGAAGAAGGACGCGCUUAUUAAGAAAGCAAUUAUCGAUGAUCUCAAUACCACGGAAAAUCCUCUUUGGAUCGAACAAAAACUGAAAAUAUACGAGGAACAAGAAUUAACGAUGCAAGUAUUCAAUGAACCAGAACAGACCAUGUUGAAUAGAAGGGACAGCGACGAUUACAUUCCCGGCGACAAUACUUAUGCAACAAUACAGCAUCCCCACAGGCGAGGUUCCUCGCAUAUGGCAACAAUUUCAUUAGCAGGAGACCUGGCAGAUUAUGCCACUUUGUCAGGCGUGCCUCAUCACCAGAGUAGGAGCAACAGCAGCUCUCUAAGAGGAGCGCCAAAUUACUACGAGGCAGCCAUGGGCUUCCAAGGAUCCACCUUCCAAGUGCCGGACCGUCGAUUGAGCGGUUCUAACGAGUACGACCCAUACAGCGGUGGCGGUAGCACCGGAACUGCCGGUGCUAGAUUCAAGGGUUCAGAACUCACUAUUAAUCCCGAGGGACAUCCCGAAUAUAUCGCUGAACUUAUUUAGAGAUAAACAAUAAUUUAUUUACAUUAUAGAGAAGAGAGAAUAGUAAAUAAUUGAGAAGUAUAAAAGGUGCCCCAGAAUAACAUGCCAAUCUUUCGUAUGCAUAUGGAAUACAAAAAUAUGCCACAAGUGAUUUAAGAAAAUGUGCUACGCGGCUCGCUUAUAGAGUUAUAAUCCCAUCAAGGACGUUCCUAGAAAUAGAAUGACAGUCUAGAAUCCAACCUAAUUUUACAACUUGAAGGCCGCCUGUCACAAUACAAACUGUUGUUCAUACUUUGGUAUCAAAUUUCGUGAAAAAAUUCGUUCCCAAUUUGUUUACAAACUACAAUCCUGUCUCUGACACGUAAUGAAAUUUUGUACUAACUUUCGUACGAAAUCAUGCGCAGUUGAUAGAAAAAAGUUAUAACUGUCAACUUCUAACUGCCAUUUAUCACGUCAAAGUCAAUCUAACCACAAUUUACUUUGCGGCUUGCUAUAGCCUUUUUCGCGAGUAUCCAUUACGGUAGAAUGGCAGCUGAUUAUCUAGUAAUAUUUCAAAAUUCCCCAUAUCGGCAAAGGACACAUAAUUCUGACGGAUCCGUCAAUGCCAGGUAGACAGAACCAUAUUUUGUUUUGUUUUUUGUACGCUGCAGAUUCAUUUUACACUUGCUAAAAGCUCUUUUAUUUAUAAAAAUCCAUUUGCAUACAAAAACAAAACGCUACAAACAAUUUUUACUAGUUUUAUACCCGAUUAUUGCAAACGUUGCAGACUAACAUGAAAAUAUCACUUGCUGAUCAGCUGUUCACCUCAGUAAUGUAAAAGAGUGAUGGAUACUCAUGAAAUAGGGUAUUCUUUAUUCCUUUAUUGCUUUAAACGAAUAGAAAAUUGUGAAAAAUGACUAAUCUGCGACUGUGGCAGCAGCGAUUUGCGUUGUAACUGCCCACCUCAUGAGAAACGAAGUAAACGAAACCGUAAAAGAAUUUGAUGCCGAAAAUGGAUCAGGGAGAGGGACCAGAGCAUGGGUGUGCUCCAUAUGCUGAAUAAAGAACUUCUAGUGGAGGAUCCAUUGGCUUAUAAGUCUAGUUGGUUUUGAAAUAAUUCUGAUUUAAGUAGUAGAUCAUGACAUCUUUUAAGUUUUCAAUCUGUAAGAGCUGCUUUCAAAUGGUUUUUUGUUUGAGAGUGAUAUGCUCCCGAACAGUUCUAGACACAAUGCAUGGAAAUACCAUAUGCAGUGGAACGGUGUUGGUGCUGAGCUCUACUGAGUUACUCCGAGUUGCUCUGAGUAACUCAACUGGGUCACUGGAAAGCAGCUAAAUAGAACAGCAUAAGCAAGCGGAUUUCGCAAAACUGGUCAACACACCUGAUAACAUCAACUAAUAAAAGUGUUAGGCGUGUUUUGUCAACCAAUAAUCAUCUAAUCUAAUCAUCACAAAACAUCAAGGAUUUAACACAAAACAUGUAAUUCCGAAGCGCUUCUAUCAGACACUGUAUCUACUGCUCCAAAUGUGUAGUAGUCUUCUGCGCACUUUUAGUAUGAUAUUAUUUAGAACAGGUUCUCAAAACUUUAGCACUACAUUUAUUCAUACAAAAUUAUGAACUAAAUACUGUCUGACACUAUCCUUAAUUUUGUACGAAAUUUAGCGCACUAAAUUUAGCACAAAAUUUCGUAUCGUGACAGACGGCCUUUAUAAAUGGUUGCUACAUCAUCGGACAGUGUCUUGGAACACAACUCAUUUGGGCCUUCAGGGACAGAAUAAUCCCAAGGUAAUAUUGCUCAAUGAUAACAUCUAGACUGCAAAAUCUGUAAAAAUGUGUUUGACAUCGAUAAAAUGGAUGGUUUUUAAGAAAGAACCCUCUUGUUUCAGUUUAUUUCUAUUAUUUAUGGCACCGGAUCCAGUAUACUGAUUACGUCAUAUAUAAUAAGCCACCAAAAAAAAAACAACAAAAUAUAACCUUUCAGACUACUUGUUUGGGAAGUAGCUGCAGUGUAAAUCGAUAGGACCAGAGCAGAAACAAGACUAUUUGUCUCAAAAAUGACUCAUUUAAUCAUAAUCAAACAAGACAUUUUUUAGCCAUUAGGCUUUCCAAAAGGAUAUACAGGGUGUAAAAAAUGUCAGUGACGCUUAAGUUUAGUCCGUUCCUGUUAUUCUAAAUGAUAUAGUUGCUUUCCACGGAUACCAUCAAGUUAGGCUGGUUAUUUAGCUGUCAAAAUUUCAUUGAGUUGUAUAGUGCCAUUCAAAAGUCAUUUGAGAAAAACCGACUUCCAAUAGCAUCCUCAGGGGCCUGUAUCUAUAUAGGACUACCCGUAGGACAUUAUUUAUAGAAAUUUGAAUUAUCUUCUUGUACACGAGAAAUUGACAUAUUAUUUGGGACACCCUGUGUAGUAUCAUAUAAUCAGACGGUAAGGUCGAAUGUUUUGCGAAUUAGGUCAUUCCAAUGAUUCCAUUUAUAGAAGGUGCUCCGUUAUAAAUUUUCCAUCAAAGCAAUAAAUAAUAUUUUUAUUGAACCAAAUAAACUUCAUUGAAAUGCCGCUCGUUAACGAAGUACAGCUUUUUCUAUGGCUCAAGCUGUGUUCGACAUAUAAACAUGAAAUUGGGAUAAUCUGGCAUUCUCAUGAAAUAUCGAGAUUAUAGGCUAAAUAUAGUACGUUCUAGAUACUGUAUAAUAAAGUAUAAUCAUGUCAUUGCCACAAAAAUAUCUUGAGCUAUAGAGAAAUAAUGACUUCGAGAAAUAAAAGUCGGCACCUAUCUCAUAACGAGUGACAUUUUACUAAAGUCAUUUACUUGGUUCAAUAUAAUUUAUUAUUAUUGCAAGCUUUAUCCGUUAAUGCUUUUUGCACAUAUUAGUGCGGACCACUAUCUAUGGCAGUACAAGUUAAGCAGUCAUAGCACUGACGACGGUAACUCUCACAAAUUACCCAGCAAAGCUUGGGUAGCGCCUAAAGAAGCGUCCGGCACAACUUAACUAACUUCAGUAUUCGGAAAUCUCGAGUCUUGUUGGGGCACCAAUAUCGCAUAUUUUAUUUAUUAACAUAUCCAUCGAUAUGUAAUGUACUUCGUCACUGGAUAACAUGUUUCCAAGCAUGUGUGCUGUCCGGCAUUGUUCUUGCGAAGUUUUCUCACAAAGGAUAGUCACUUUCGUUGAGACCCCGAACAAUUUGCAAUUUCUAUGGGUGGAGCUAUAAUUUCUUUUUCAAAUAACAUGCAAUGUUCAAUUUUAUUGCUAUUGAGCCCGCAAUAUUCCUUAUUGAUUUACUUGGAUUCCAAUAAUUUUAUCUCGAACUUGAGACAUAUGUUCUGUUGCUGACGUUGAUGGUCCGGGGGAGUUCUGUUGACCACUGACCUUCUUGCCUGCACAUUUUUACCCAUGGCCAGAUAAGUUACGUGGUCGGUCCAUCAAUUCAAUGAUUCACCUCACUUGAGAUAUUUCUCGACCUCAAUGCGAAUGCGGUCUUCCUCACCUAUGGCUCAUGGCGACUAACAAUUCCGCGAAUCCUGCGCUUCGAAUGAUACCUCUCCCACCUAAAUGAUACUUUGACUGGAUAUUGCAGUGUUUUGAACGAUAUUGGCAAGUCGAUUUCGAUAUCAUGAGUAUUUGCGGGAUAUAAGCACGGUGUCCCACUGCUAACCCCGUGAAGAUGGUCGCCACGAUUAUAUUGUCCCGCAUCCUUUUUAUCAGUAGCUUUGUGCCAUUUCACAGGUUGGGAGGGAUCAAGUUUCUUAACAGCUCUCUGUUAUAAGUAAGGUGAUCGAGAGGUGCAUAAAUCGCGAGCUUCUGGACUACCUCGAACGUCAAUUCUUGAUUAGCGACAGACAGUAUGGUUUCCGGCACCAGCGAUCCAUAGGGAACCUCCUAGCUUACGUCACGCUAUUGUGUAGUAAACUCAUCCAGUCUUAUGUUGAGGCUCAUGACGUUUCUCUUGAUAUCACCAAAGCGUUCGAUCAGCUGUGGCACACUGCCCUCUUGUGCCUCCCAGAAAAGCAUUGCAGAUGGGUGGCGACUUUCUCUCUGGCCGCAAGAUAUCCGUCGUAAUUGACUGGUUCUUCUCUUCCUCCAGAACGUCAAUGCGGGUGUUCCCCAGGGAUCGGUGUUAUACAUAACGACCUACUUUCGUGCACGAUCCACCCCAAUCCACAGCUUCGCUGUUGACAGUGCUCUACAUGCAGUAAUUCAGAGUGACAAGCCGAUCUCUGCCGCUGAGCAGGAAAAAAGACGACUAGCAACGACUUCAUCUCUAACAAGAGACCUGGAGGUUAUCACUGCUUGUAGACGCAACAAUCUUUUACAGUUUAAUGUUUCCAAAAAAACAGUACUGUACUUUGACGAACAAAAAGCGUCCUAGCGCUCAACUGGUUUCGAUGGAUAACCGAGUUCUACCAAAGAGCCGUUCAUUUCGGCUGGUCGAAGUUCAGAUCACCGAGGACUUGAUCUGGCACGAACACAUCUCGUCACUAGCGACAGCUGCUGGAAAAAAGUUAGGCUAUUGGCUUAGGGCUAAGAAGUACUUUUCUCCGCAUUCUAUACAAGGCUGAGAUAAGGCCAACCUCGAGUAUUGCUCACACAUUUGAGGUGCUGCCGCCCCAGCUACAUUAUGUAUGCUCGAUGUUGUCCAGAGGAGCGAUGUCCGAUGACUCUGCUCUAACAGACGGUCUCGGAACACUUUCGCACCGGCGGCAGCGGGCCGUCAGCGAUCUAUCUCUCUUCUACCGCUACACCAACUGACUUUGCUCCUUCUGAGGAGGCGGCAUCAUGGAAGAGAGCUCUGGCUCUCUUCCAUGAUGCCGCCGCGCGAUGUGUCCAUCAGAUAGACCGGCCUGACUUUGGCUUCCGAUCCUAACCGUGUCGAACUUCGUACGUCCAGAACUGGCCGAUACGACCGUUCCUUUGUCCCAAGGGUGUCGAGAUUGUGAAACAAUCUACAAAAGGGAGCUUCUGCCAGUUCUAUUAACCUUAGGCAGUUCAAAAAUUUGAAUAACAAAAUUUCUUUGGGAUCCUCUUAGCAGCCGCGGGGACCCGGCAUUUAGGCUUCUCCCUUCGCGGCUGCUUCGGUAUAAAAAACAGCAUGAUAGGAAUGUCGAAUUUUAACAUAAGGUUUUGAAGUGAUCAAAAGGGCUCAAAGAAUUUUAAAAGUCCUGAAGAUGGUGCACUAUAUCUUCAAUAUUACACACCGUAUCAACCGACUUAUACUGUUUGACCAGGAAUUUUCUGUAAAAUCAGUUUAUUUAUUUCGUUUCUCGAUGGAACUAUUACUUAAUUGAAAUGAGAAAGCAAUCGAGAACAAUGCAGCAAAUAGCGAAAUAUUUACAGAUUCUGCCGUUUCGAUGCUAUAUUAAUUUAUAGGUGAGUGACCGUGAUUGCCCUUAGUAAAUAUUGUUAUUUGACGUCAACAUACGUAGCAUAUUAUUAAUCACAAGUAAAUUUAGCCUGUGACACGUGCGAAUAAUGUAACUUCCCUCUGGUGAAAGAAUUUUCAAACAUUACUUCCUACAAACGACCUUACCAGCUUUACGUCUGUAUAAUAUUUGACUGCUAGUCUGAUCAAGUCACGAAAUGCUAAACUGCUCUGCACCCAAACAAGAAGUCAAAUGAGUUGUGCAAUAACAAAAACCAACCAUCACACUCCUUCAAAGUAUUGAAUAUAAUACACCAAAUAUCUCAAUCGAUUGACUAGUCCCAAAACGACAAUAUAAACAUAGAUACUUAAACAUGCAGUGCAGUUAUGUUGCAGUAUAUUUUGUGGUUUUAGUUUAUCCCCUUUUUUAAGCCUGCACUGUUCAUGUUUCGUUACGUGCAACAGAGCUUGUAUUAAGCAUGCGCUAUGAGUAUGGAGCUUUGCAAACUAUCAGAAGGCUAAAUCUUACAGCUCCAUCACUAUUCUUAGCAAAAGUAUGAUAGCUCUAUGACACAAUUCUGUAAUCACAGUAAUAUAUAUGUCUUAUUCAAACAAAUAAUUGAGCAAAAAACACACUAUGCAUAAAGUACAACAUUAAACAAAAUUUAAUUUCAAAUGACGGCUGCGAAGCGAAGAGGAUAAGAAAUAAUUUGAUUUUUCAGUUUUAAUUGUACUAUGAUAUAACUGCAUUUUAUCUGUGUAGUUGCUGGAACAAACAUUUACUACAAAGUAUCAGGUAUACUCGUAUUUAUUCAUAGGUGAUCAAAGACGUAUUACCCUAGAAAGGCCAUAGAUUUGAUUUUAACUCGUGUGUAACCUGAAAUUUUAACAUAGUUUUAGGUAUGGGUAGGUAGUAUGGUAUAAAUAUAAACUGUAAUUCUGUUUCUAUCUUUUUCGGAAGUUGCAGAGGAACUCUGGUAUUUUCUUUGUUACUCGUACAUAUAACCCUUGCCAAAUUGAACAUACAAUGACAAUAUUUGCCAAACUGUCGCAAAAUAGUUUUUAGAUUUUAUCGAACUGUUACGGUUGGCAUUGAACUUGGCUCUGGAUAAUGUAUCCGUAAAUACUUGCUGGGACAAACAAAAUUAUACAGCCAGAUGACGUAAAUAGUGUUCCGGUGUGCAAGGAGUUGAAUAAUCAAACCCAGCUAUAGUGUGCCUUUGAUAAGUAAUGACUGACCUCUUUGACCCCCCAACCACUGUGUUCGGUGCUCAGAUUGUGUUAGGGAAUCUAAGCUAAUAAUAAAGUUGUCGUCAGUCGCAAUGAAGUAGUACAUUACAUAUACCUUGGUGCAGACGUAUGCCACUAUUGGCAUAUCGCUUUUAUAUCCUAAGAUGCUUCGUGCCGAGGGAUAUAAUGUUCAAGAACAAUAAUUUCGUUUUCUACCGAGGUAUGAACCUAAUUUUUGUCACUACUAUAAUAUAUUAUCACAUUUAAUUUGAUUGGAAUGUGAAAUAUAGCAGAUCUGCGAAUUUCCUAAAUGUCCAGCAACACUGUACGGAAUAAAUCAAUCCGACUUUCAACCUGUCAAAAUAAUGGAAUAAGUAAAUUCUAUCAGCAACUGUAAUUGCAGUUACAAAAAUGGAAUCUGUAUCUGUUUAUUGUAAACAAUAAUUAUCAGUAACAUUUAUAUCCCUAACAAGCCAAAAAGAUCUAAAUAAUGCAUACGUUCAUUAUUUACCUAGGGUUCUCAGGAUUAUUAUUUACCUCGGGGGAGAAAUGUACCACUCUUUAUAGCAAUACGGUAAAUGAUGGGCGGUUUCUCAGGGUAGUAGUGAUUAAAAGUCGUUUGCCAACUCGUGACACUUGCAAAUACACCGAAGAUGGACCGCUCUUUAAGCAGAGAAAACCAAUCAAAUUUUGUUUUUGGUCGAGCAAAAAGUGACGCCCUAUCAAGAAGUCAUGUGUUACGGUGGUCAAAAAUAUACAUGACACUGUUCCGGACCUGAAAACAUAUAUCCCACGGCAUCAGACAGUACUAUAAACCUAAAAAUAGGUACUGGGGUCGUCGUGAUAUCUGUAUUUAAACAUUAAAAAAUUGUUCACGAAAUUUGUCUCUCGAUUCAGAAAGAGAUAAAUAAGUGAAUUGGCACGUCGGUAAAAAGGUGGUGUGGUGCUUUGUUGAGCAAAUAUAUGUUUGAAACAGAUGAAUGUCAUCAAAAACGUGUUACCCAGAGAUGGCAUACCGAUGGGUAAGGGGGGAACCUGGGGGUUGGGUAUAGUCCGUUUAAGGUAAAGUUGGCUUAUUAUUGUUGGUAAACAUUGAAAAAAUAAUUCUCUGAUUUCUUUACCUAAAAAUAAUUUAGGACAAAAAUCACCCUCCAUUCGAUCUCGAGCUGGAAAACAACUUUUAUACAAAGCUCCACCCUCGCUACGACAGACCUUUAAUGCGACUGCUGCCUAGUUCUAUUGUUAGCUUAGAUCUCAUAACAUAAUUCUAAAAAGCAACGGCUGGGUUGCAAGCGACUGAAGCGCCACACAACGACCAGGCUAGUUACUCAUUAAACGUACCCUGUACUAUCUGAACUUCCCAAUAUGGAUUGAUGUUUAUAGAAUGGUUAAUGUAAAUGACAAACUGACAAACCAACUGAGCGUUACAAAUAUCAGUUAUGUUCUGUUUUGAAACAAAUUAAAAUACCCAAAACUUUAUUUGCCUUAGCACCCAUUUAUGUACGCUACUCGAAUCGAUAGAUAGUUUCCCUCUUUGAUUCUAUUGUCGAACAUUGUUGGGUGACAAUGUUCCACGAAUCAAGUCGUGUGCAUUAAUGAGUGCUUAGAAGUCUCAGAUAGUUCGAACUUUCGUAGCAUUUUUUAAGUUUAUGCGAGUUGUGCUAGGAAAUAAAAUUUAACAAACCUUUUAUACUGACUUUUUUCAGCUUGCCAGUUAAAUAGCACUCUGGUCAUUCUAGUUAGCCAAUAUGAAAAUACAGAGAAGUGUAAAGGAACAUAGUGUCUUUUGAACAAAAUUUGGUUUAUAACAUCAUGCGGAUGCAUUACCUGUUGCCGUGUAGAUUUUAUUGUGAUCUUUACUUCUAAUUUAAAAUGUCUUUUACAAUUUACGAUACUGUUUUAGCUUUAUAUAGGCAUUCUUGUAUUUAGACCUGAGUUAUACCCGUUUAUUGUUAUGUAUUUUUAGAAGAUAUCCAUUAAUUUUGGGAUAUUUGACAUUUACUUCAUUAAUAUGUAAAUAUACACAAGACAAUAGAUAUCAGUAUUAUUACUUAUAACUUUUGUCAAAUGAAUGUGUAAUUUCAUGUAGGAAUAUAUUAAAUAAUGUUCAAGUGUUAUGUGCCUACUGCAAAAAGAAGCUAAGAUAGAGCUGAGCCCUAUCAAGUGGGCAUAUAGAUUGUGUUAUCUUCAUAAUAUAUAUUUUUUUUGGCCUGGUUGCAAUUACUUGAAUCGAUAAAAGGUUUUUUUUGCAGUAUUAUAACUUUAAUGCAAAAUUUAAGUACAUCAUUAGUAAAAUAAUUUGAUAUAUUAAAAUUUUUAUAAAAAUGUUUUUCUACAUAUACUUUCGGAACUUGAGUUUUAAUCAGUUUGCAAGUAAUGAGAGUACCUACUCAUUGUUUUCAUUUAAAAUAUCUUGCCAAAUUGUGUACGAGUUUCUUCAUCAAUUUCACACCCCAAAUGAGCUUUAAGUUUAGGUAUGAUAAUUUAUUUUUAUACUUCAUUAUAUAAUUGAAUGCCCCUGAGAUAAUGUCAUACAUGUUUAAACAAUUGCCAUAUCUAAGUAAAUGUAUUUAGUGAUUUAAGUUUUAUGUUCAAAUAGG